CCGCCAAGGCCGAGUCCAGGGUCCAAGGCCUGGGCAGCAGGCCCAGGGGAUACCCCGUUCCCCCGGCGCCAUGGCCGCUGAGGUGGUGGUUGUGGGAUCCUGUAUGACCGACCUGGUCAGCCUUACUACACGGUUGCCAAAAGCUGGAGAAACCGUCCUUGGACAUAAGUUUUUCAUUGGUUUUGGUGGGAAAGGAGCCAACCAGUGCGUCCAGUCUGCUCGACUUGGGGCCAAGACCUCACUGAUCUGCAAGGUUGGGAAGGAUUCCUUUGGCAAUGAUUAUGUUGAAAAUUUGAAGAAGAAUGGUAUUUCUACAGCAUUUGUAGGUCAGACUGCAGAUGCUGCUACUGGAACUGCUUCAAUAAUUGUCAACAGUGAAGGACAGAAUGUUAUUGUCAUAGUCCCAGGAGCCAACCUGCUUUUAAAUUUUGAAGAUCUGAAGAGGGCUUCUGAUGUCAUCUGUAAAGCCAAAGUGGUUGUUUGCCAGCUAGAAAUAACUCCUGCUGUUUCUCUUGAAGUUCUGAAAAUGGCACGUGCCAGUGGAGUAAAGACUUUAUUUAAUCCAGCUCCAGCCCUUGCUGACCUAGAUCCACAAUUUUAUACCCAUUCCGAUAUCUUCUGCUGCAAUGAAACUGAGGCAGAAAUUUUAACGGGCAUCCCAGUUGGCAACCUUGAAGAUGCUGGAAAGGUGGGACGCAUGCUGUUAGAAAGAGGGUGUAAGCUCGUAAUUGUUACUCUUGGAGCAGAAGGCUGCAUGAUGAUAUCAGUAGAAGAACCCAUUCCAAAGCACGUUCCUGCUGGGAAGGUCAGGGCUAUGGACACUACGGGAGCUGGAGACAGUUUUGUGGGAGCACUGGCCUUCUACCUGGCUUACUAUCCCAAGUUACCCAUGGAGGAAAUGGUCAGGAAUUCUAACUACGUCGCAUCAGUGAGCGUCCAGGCAGCAGGGGCACAAUCUUCAUAUCCUUAUAGGAAGGACUUGCCCCAGAACCUCUUCUAACUGACAUUGGUUAGCUCAAGGAAGGUGCUGGUGCAGAACUUCCCCUCCAAGGAAUGACCAGUUCGUGGUCACUACUGUUGAAUCUGUGGCUGGUAGGUUAGACAAACUCGCAAUCCUGCCAUUGAAUUCCUGCUGUGGAAAAUGUUAAUUUUUAUUGCCGUAUAAAACAAUAGCUCCUUUGAAGAUUACAGCCUCUUUCACAAUGGAAAACACAAUGGGAUUUGCUAUUUAAUUUUUUUUUAAUUGAGUACUGUAAAAAUAACUCAAAAGAUAAAUAAAUGUUACUCUGAUGAUCUA